GAAUUCGUUGCAUUUGCGAAAUUUGUGUAGCUCAAGGAAGUUUUAUCACAACUACUGCUUAUUUGUGUUAAAUAAUUGUUCAUAUUUAUUUCACACCUUCAAAGUUUCCACAUAAAAACCCGCAGCAAGAUGAUGCGCUAUGAGGGAGACGAAAAAUUGGCGGAUACCACUGCCUGUGCUGGUGUUAGAGCGGAUCUGAAAAUGUGCCUGCUAGAAAGUGAUUGCUGUCGUAUUGAUAAGCACACACCGCGUGAGUGUCUCAAAGCAAACAAUGUGCCCGAGGAAUGUCAAGUGCUGAGGAACCUAUUCUUCGAGUGCAAACGUUCAAUUCUUGAUAAUAGACAACGGUUCCGAGGACGAAAGGGUUAUUGAUUGAUACUAAUACUAUAAAUAUUCAAUGUUGUUGCGACUUCAAUAAGUUUUUACUGUAUUUUACUUUUAUUUCAUAAUUCAAAUAAAAAUAUACAUUAAAUAUUAACUUACAUUGUA